AAUCCAAGCCAAGCCAUAAGCGUAACCGAACCGAAACACCGAAGUGUUUUUCUCUUUCUAGGACGUUCGUGGCUGGUUGACCUUUAACACUUUUUCUCUGUGUUUUUGGCGAGUUUGUUUGAAACAUGAUCGUUCUCGGCCCGUCAGAUCAAGCUUGGAUAUACAGGAAUUUCGUGAAAGAGCUUGAAGAUAAACAGAAAGGCAUAAAACCGUUUGAUUAUUAUGACACCCCUGCUGACCAGUUGGGAUUAGAAAAGCUAAUUUACUUCACGAAAUUCGGCGCAAAGAUAGGCAUCUUUGCGGGUGGUAUGGACGCCUUUGGUAUCACCCAUGUCACUGAGCUUGUCCCUAUCGUGACCCGGUUUGCAUAUUGGACAAUACCAUUCGUUACUGCUGCUGGAGCGUUUGCAACAUCGAACUAUGCACUGGCAAAAGUUCGAAAGCAAGACACACCCCUAAACCACAUCAUCAGUGGUUACGUUGCAGGAUCUGUGUUUGGAGCAAAAUGGAACAGCUGCCGUGCUGGUGCUUGGGCAGGUACCAUCUUCGCGUUUUUUGCCUUCAUAAAGAAGUACAGUGUGGACAAGAACCUCACCUUGUUCCCAGAAUACAAGAACAAUCAUUACAACUUCUUACCUUUCCUGAAGCACAGGUGGAGCCUCGUGCAAGACCCCGACAGGCCAAAUCAGAGUUGAAAGCUGCAAAGGUGUGCUUCAAAUUUUUCCCUGUGGUAGAUGUUCAGAAACUGAACCACGCAGUCGUUGUUUUCUUAAUGCAGCACUUAUGUCAUGAAAGAGCUUAGAUUAAAACAAGUCAGAUUGA